GACGUCACUCAUUUCCCCCAGUGACCUUGACAAGUCAGAAGCUUGAAAGCAGGGAAAUCCGGAUGUCUCAGUUAUGAAAUGAAACAGUGGGGCUCCAAUAUAUUUCCAGAAGACUCCAUCUAGACUGGUGAUUGCCUGCUUCUAUUACUACCAGUGACCACCCAGGGUGCUUCUCUGGCUCAUAAGGGAUUUGCAUAAUGGCCAAGUGCUUCAGCCUGAUGUUGCUUCUUGCCUCCAUCUGGACAACAAAGCUCCUGGUCCAUGGCUCUCUCCGUGUAGAAGAACUUUCCAUCUCAGCACCAUGCAGAAUUGUAGGGGUCACCCUUGUGAACAAAAAGACAACCCAGCAGCUGAAUUUCACAGAAGCCCAGGAGGCCUGUAGGCUGAUGGGACUAACUUUGGCCAGCAAAGACCAGAUUGAAGCAGCAUGGAGGUCUGGCUUUGAGACUUGCAGCUAUGGAUGGGUUGCAGAUAAGUUUCUGGUCAUCCCUCGGAUUCUCCCGAACCCCAAGUGUGGGAAGAAUGGGAUGGGUGUCCUGGUUUGGAGAAAUUCACUCAGCAAAAAGUUCUUGGCCUACUGUUACAACUCAUCUGAUACUCGGAUUAACUCAUGCUCUCCAGAAAUUAUCACCACCAAAGAUCCCAUAUUCAACACUCAUGAGGCAACAUACACAACAGAAAUGAUCACCAGUGACAGUGCAUACUCGGCUUCAUCUACUGUUGCACCUUACUCUACUACACCUACUCUUGCUCCUACUUCUGCUUUGGCCUCCACUUCUCGACGGAAAAGAAAGUUGAUUUGUGUAACAGAAGCUUUUGUGGAAACUAGCACCAUAUCUACAGAAACAGAAUCUUACAUUGAAAAUAAAGCAGCAUUCAAGAAUGAAGUUGUUGGGUUUGGAGGUGUCCCCACGGCUCUGCUAGUGCUUGCACUCCUCUUCUUUGCUGCUGCAGCUGGUCUCGCAGUUUGCUACAUCAAAAGGUAUGUGAAGACCUUCCCUUUUACAAACAAGAAUCAGCAGAAGGAAAUGAUUGAAACCAAAGUAGUAAAGGAAGAGAAAGUUGAUGAUAGCAAUCCUAAUGGGGAAUCAAAGAAAGCUGAUAAAAAUUCAGAAGAGCCCAAGAGUCUGCCCAAAACUACAGUGCGAUGCCUGGAGGCUGAAGUUUAGACGAGAAAGAAAUGAGAGGACACACCUGAGGCUGAUUUCUUUCCUGAUUCAUAUCCUGGUCCUAGAUGGGGAAACUUAAAGGGCCAAAGAACCAAACAAGAAAGUCCACCCUUGGUUCCUAAAUGGAAUCAACUCAGGGCUACUUUUGGAUUAUGGAGUUCACCAAACGGAAUUCCCUUCUUACUGCAAUCCUUUCUGGAUCCUCCUACCUCCAAAGCUUCCCACAGCCUUUCUAGCCUGGCUAUGUCCUAAUAAUAUCUCUGUGGGAGAAAGGAGAUUUACAAACCACAAGAACCUAAAACAGCUAAUCAGAGCGCAUUUAUAAAGAGGCUUCUCAGCUGGCUGACAAGAGGUUCAUUGAGAACCAAGAGAUUGUUGAGACCAAGCUUUUCUCUAUUGAUUCCACAGGCCAGAUCCUUUCUUCAGCUCUGAAAAAGUAACAUGCAUCACCUGGCAUGCCCUUCUGAGCCAGGCAAGAACAAAAGAAGGAAGGAAAAGUUCAGCAACUGAAGGUCAUGGAAAUUCCCAUGACUUGAGACCUGAUCUCUGUAAAGCCAAAAUAAGUAGAGAAAAAGAAUGAGGCCAAAGAUGUUGCCAGUAUAUUGUCAGCAGGGACUAUAAGUACAAACAGGGUCAAAGUAGUCAUCUCUGAAUAAUCUGAGUUGGAAUCGCUUUUUAGAACACACUUUCUUUUCUCUCUCUCUCUCUUGCUGCUGCCAUUUUUUCUAGAAGUACAUAAUUUUAUAAAGGAACCCCCCCAAUCUCUUACAAAUUUUUAUUUUUAUCGGAGCUGUAUCUGGGAAAUUAGUACUGAAGAAAAUUACUGUAUUAAAAGGCAGUAGAAUUUAACAAACAUUUAACAAACAUCCCUACUACAUGUCAGGUGCUGGGUAAGGUAUUAUAUUCUAUAAUAGAAUAUUAUUUAUCAAAAACUUACAAUAAAAUGUAUGAAGCUAAUUUUUUCAGUUUUGAUAUCCUUAGCUUAUCUACUUGCAAAACUAAUUUUUUGCUAAGACUAACCCAUUCACUAUUUUCUCUAAUAUGGCAGCCACUAUAACCUUAAUUUAUUAUUAACAUACCUAAAAAGUACAUUAUUACCUCUAUACACCAAAGCACAUUUUGAAAGCAUCAUUAACAAAUGUAUUGCCAGUUCUUUUAUCAGCAAGAAGGGCUCAAGAGGUGCAGAAAUAUUUGUGUCAAAAAAAAAAUAAAAGCAUUUAGAAAAUUU